GAAUUAGGGACAAAUCAUGAACUGGCAACACACCAUCCAGGUAUCCCACAGUGUUUGCCGAAAGUUAUAGUUCACCUGCGGACGUUGGCCUUGGCGAAGCAACACCAAUGUAAAGGGUUAUAACAACCUCCUUCACACAUAUAGUGGACUCAGUACUCCUCCCUGUAGCAUGACCUUAUACAGAUAGACUGAGGACCUUGUGAUGAACUCUCCUCGAGUGUAUAAUGGUAGAAAGAUGAAAGUCAUUGAGCAUUCCAGACAGAGCACAAGAGUCAAGCUGUGGUGACACAAGAACAUGACACACAGCCUCCGAAGGGCUUAGAGGAAGAGGACAGUGCCAGAGUGCCAUCAUGAAGGUGUCCGGACGUGCUCUGGAGCUGAAUGCCAUCUUCCUGGUGGCGGUGUUGCUGCUAGUAUCACUGCAGGUGUUUCUACACCAUGUGCAGAAGCGGAUGUACACGGAGGAGGUCAGGAACUUGAGCGAGCGAGCAGUGCCGGCCCCGAGCGCCGAGGGACAGGACGGGGAAUUGGAAGGCGCUGCCCUGGGCGUGCUGGACGAGGCGGCGCCCUCGCAGCCGGCCUUCGUGCCCAACAUCCGCAAGUCGUUCCCCAAGAGGAAGGCCCACUACUUCCGCAAGCUCAAGAAGUCCAAGAAGAACAAGAAGAACAAGAAGAACAAGGCGAAGAAGGCGUCGGCGGCAGGGGGGGAGGGGAAGCAGGGAGGCGGGAGGGGGCAGGGGAAGGCCUUUCCCUCGGGCCCGAAGAAGGACGCCCCCCACGCCAGAGGGAAGGCCAAGGCCAUGGGCGCGAAGAAGGAGGCGAAGUUAAUGCACGACGAUAUAGUGAGGCUCAAGAAGGCGGUUCAGAGGGAGAUGUCGGAGGGGAGGAAGGUCGAAAAGAAGGCGAAUUCACCCACGCAGUAAGGUUUCCACAAGGCAGCGUCUCGACGGGGAAUGUCUCUCAGGGUGCUACAUGUCCUACAAAAAAUUAAAACUACCAAAAAUAAUUAAAACAGCUCUAAUUGGGUGACUUGUGUUAGAUAGUAUAGGCAUAGCUUAAGUACAUUUAAUCUGUAAAAUACGGUAUCAGUGUCAGCAGAUUUUAUGGAUCAGAUUGGAUUAGGGAUCAAGCUUAAGUGAUAAUGAAGUCUCGUGUACCCUUGACGGGUGAAUAAGAUCGACAUGCCAGUUUAAAGGCCCCUGUUCACGAUUUUCUUUUCUUAUAGAUCAUUAUUGUCACGACAGACAAAAUAGUUUGUCUUUCAUUGUUUCCAAAAGAAAACAUAAGCCGUGUAAAUACCCACUGUGGGAUACUAAAUAAGAUUUUAACACUAGAGAAAACAUUAAACAGAAUAAUGAAAUAUAAUACUGUGUUACGAGUAUAAAAACAGUUGGUUCCAUACCUUUCGUCGGGACGUUAAGACAAAAGAUCUUGCACUGUGGGUGUGUUCGCUGUAUUCACUCCCAUCCAUGAUGUGUCUUUCAAGUAGGAUAUUUUUAAAAAGUUUUAUGUAACUUGAAGAGAGUGCGACGGCGAAACCUAAAACUGCUUCUUGUUAAACCUGCUCGGUGCCUGUAUUUGUUGACAGUAUUAAGCACGUCUGCACAAUUGUACAUUACGUUGUUUAUAUGUGUGUUGGUCCCAGAAGUGUCUCUUGUUGUUUGGAUUGUAUAUUUUUGUGAACACUUCUGGCGUCUUUUCUCAAGAAUUGAUGAGUCCUCGCUCCUUUGAAUCCGAGGCUUUCAAUCACGUCUUUUUUGGGGUUCCUUUUAUAAAGAGAAUCAAGUAUAUGUAUCGUUAAGGCCCUACUGUUUCGAUACAAACUACUUAAAAAAAAAAGACUAUCCAUUACGGGAAACGGUGAUUAUGGUUGAAGUGUGUAGCCUGAACGUUGCCUUAGAUAAUUAACACGAAUUAUUGGGUGAUGGGGCUUAAUAUGUGCUUACAUGACUCUAUAUAGGACUCAUAGGCGUCGCCAUUUGCUUCCUUGUAUUGAUUUAUAGUCUUUUCAAAAACAUGUUAGUUAAUUUUUCGAUCAGCCAAGUUGAUAGUAUUUCGUAGGUUGUUGAGGGAUACGGCAAUGCAAUAGUUGUCUUCUAGUGUCAAUAUUCUUUAGCUUCUAGAUCUAACAGUCAUAUACGAGUCUGAUUUCCCAGAUUACAUAUGUCUCCUAUCCUCAUGUUAAGUGUUCUAUGACUGCAUAACUUCUCAACUUUUCUACAGUUAAACGCGGUCAGAGUGAGAAAGAAAAGCACUAAUCGAUAAUUGGUGUUUUUGCUUGUAAUUUUGGCUUGUUUUUUAUAGUGCUUGUGUUUUGUUGAUGUUUACAGUUGUCUGGAUUUUCAGGGCAAUACAUUAAGAAAGAGUUUGUCCAAAAGGACCACUUAAGUAUUGUAUUGAUACACGCUUACACGCACACACACACACACACACACACACACACACACACACACACACACACACACACACACACACACACACACACACACACACACACACUCAUACUCAUACACACACACGCGCGCGCGCCGAUAUACCUACGUGUUGAUAUGAUUAAUCAUAUUUCCGCUUCUUCUUUCUACACACUGAACUUACAACACAAAGCGUUAAUAUGGUGGCCGUGGUCUUUGGAGUCCACAGCAUAUAUUUUUCUACGUUUAAAAGGCGGGGGACCUUUUAUUGACUUCACCAACAACCACAAUCAAUAAUCGUUGUUUGUACAAAUAUUGAAGUGCUAUAUAUGGUUGAUAAGAUUAUGCUACAUGUAAGUUAAUAAAUAUAAAAAAAUAUAUAUAUAUGUAUAUAUAUAUAUAUAUAUAUAUAUAUAUAUAUAUAUAUAUAUAUAUAUAAAUGGAAUAUGUUUUAAAAAUCACAACAUACUAUGUUUAUCUUAUGUGUUUUGUGAAUGUUAAAUCGGUUUUGCAUGUUUGUAGAUAUGAAAUUAGAAAAUGUUAUAACCUGGCCUAUUUUAUUUUAGGACUAAAGAGGCAAUAUCAUAUGUUGAAAGUACGUCACGUUGUAAAAAAAAUCUACAGAGAAUUUAUAACCAUUUAAAAUGUAUAGAUUUGUAUGUGCUAAUUUUAUACGAAUAAAACAAGAGAGCUUU